CCACUCGUCAGUAAGGGUUCUGGGCGUCUCUCCCCUCUCCCUCCCGCCGCCUCCAUUCCCCGCCGCCAGGUUGCAGUCCCCGCGUCGCCCCUACCUCUCCUCCUCCCUCCCCCCUCCGACGACCGGCGCCCUCCCCGCCGCCCUGGAGGAGCCGGCGAGCGCGGCCCCCACGCGCCCAUCCCGCCGGCCCAAGAAUUCAUCCGUCCCGCCUCCUCCGCCCCCCUCCCGACGGCCCUGCACUCCUCCGCCCCCCACGGCCCCCACGGGCCCAUCCCGCCGGCCACUCCCUUCCCCCGCCGUCCCCAACGAGCCCAUCCCGCCGGCUGCAGCUCUCCUUGCACCGCUGCCUGAUGAUGGCCAAAGGAUUUCUAGCCAAGAGCGAUAAUGCAGGGACAAAGAAAUCUCCCCUGCAAAUCCAGAUGCUGGAGAGUUUUUAUUCUGAGGUACAAUAUCCGAAGCCGGAGGACGUGACAGAGUAUGCGGCAUCUGUUGGUUUGACUUACAACCAGGUCAGAAUAUGGUUCAAAGAGCGGAGGCGGAAAGAGAGGAGGCACAUGGAAGCUGCAGAGGUUCACAUGGAAACACAAGCUAGUGCAAGAUCAAAUUGGCCUAGAUGUAGCAGCAGCAGGUCUUCCAAUUCAAGUCAAUCUCCAAUGCAAGAUACCACAGGACAUCAAUCCUACCAGGAUCAAAGCGUUUUGAAGAAGAGAAAGAUCAUGUCGCCUACUGCUCAGAGAUCCACUUUGCCAUUUGAGAACAAUGAUCCUGUGAGGAAGCAUGGAAAGGGCAAAGGUCUAAUGACAGUGUGGCAUGCAAUGUAUUCCCAAACUGCAGAAAUUCAAGAUUGCUCCAGUUUCAUUGAUGAAAGUGGUUGCUUGAGGUCAUUGAGACCAUUCGAAGAUUGUGGUGGAAAACUUGCCCAAAGACAAACUUCGCCACGGAAGAAAGUAAACAAGAAGAGUAGACCUCCACCGAGUAAAAGAAAGGUGCCAUGUGGCAGAGCUACUGAUUUGACGGAGCAUCCUUCAGUGGAGUGCCAUCUUUCAGUUGAUGAAUCAGAAUCCUCAGAACUACGAACUGAACAGGCUACUUUAGUUGAUGAUGAGGAGCUUGAGCUCAGUGAGUUACAAGCAGGUCCUAAUCCGUUAAGAUGUUCAGCUCAUCUUUCUUCCACUGGGAGACAUGGCUGCCCCCUUUGUAAAGAUUUACUUGCCAGGUUUCCUCCACCAAGUGUCAGGAUGAAACAACCAUUUCCCACAAAACCUUGGGAGUCAUCACCUGAAAUGGUGAAAAAGCUCUUCCAGGUUGUCCGGUUUGUCUACACACAUUUUGGUAGUAUGGAUGUUCAUCCCUUUACGUUUGAUGAGUUUGCACAAGCAUUCCAUGAGAAGGACUCCUCGUUGUUGGGGAAAGUACAUGUCAGUCUUCUCAAGCUACUUAUGUUAAACACAGAAAGGGGCAGCGGCAGUGUGUUUGUUCCAAGAUCAUCUAAAGAUAACAGAUUCUUAAGCUUUCUGAACUUUGUUAGAGAACAAGAAUUCAAUGUGAAUUUUUGGAUCAAAUCCCUGAAUUCUCUUACUUGGGUUGAAAUACUACGCCAGGUUCUGGUUGCUUCAGGUUUUGGUUCAGAUCAUCAUAUGCUGAAUCGGAAUUUCUUUAACAAGGAAAAGAAUCAAAUGGUUAAAUAUGGGUUACGUCCUCGUACACUGAAAGGUGAAUUGUUUGCACUAUUGUCUAAGAAAGGAAGCGGUGGGUUAAAAGUUGCUGAACUUGCCAAAUCACCACAGAUUAUUGGUCUUAAUCUCUCUGGUGCAUCAGAAGUAGAGCAGCUUAUUUUUUCAAUUCUCUCUAGUGACAUCACAUUGUUUGAGAAGAUUGCGCCUUCUGCAUAUCGUCUCCGUGUUGAUCCUCGGAUUAAAGGAAAAGAAGAUCCUAGAUCAGAUACCGAGGAUUCUGGAACUGUUGAUGAUGAUAGGGAUGCUAGCAGCAGUGGUGAUGAAUCUGAUGGUCCACAAGAGAGUUAUGCUGAGCAUGAAAGUAGAAUUGUCAGGUGGAGACAGAAGAACGUACAUAAAAAUAUGAAUAAAUGCAGUGAAAUUGAUGAAAGUUAUUCUGGAGAACGAUGGCUUCUGGGGUUGAUGGAAGGCGAGUACUCAGACCUAAGCAUCGAUGAGAAGCUGGAUUGCUUGGUUGCUUUGAUAGAUGUUGUUUCUGGUGCUGGUUCUGUUCCAAGGCUUGAGGAACCACAAAGUGUCCUGUCUAGCAUACAGAGAGCACAGUCGCAUGCCUCAGGUGGGAAGAUAAAGAAGUGUACAAGAACCAUUUACCAAUCUAGUGAUGAGUACUUAAAUAGACCAGGAAGCUCGCACAGUUUUGAUUCUUCUAUGCAAGGACAAUCAGGAAGCCUGAGGAGUCAGGAUUACAUUGCUGACUCUGGAGCUAACGAAUCACCCACAGGAUUUGCACAUCAGCCACAAAUUGUUCUCUUAGGAUCAGAUCGCAGAUAUAACAAUUACUGGCUCUUCCUUGGCCCUUGUAGAGCAGAUGAUCCAGGGCACCGUAGGGUUUACUUUGAGUCCUCAGAAGAUGGUCACUGGGAAGUGAUAGAUUCACCACAGGAUUUACUCUCGCUAUUGUCUGUCCUGGACAUCAGAGGCACCAGGGAAGCUCAUCUUCUUGCAUCAAUGAAAAAGAGGCAAUCAUGUCUUUUUGAAGGCAUGAAAAAACACUUGGAAGAUGGGUGUGUAGUUGCGCUCACAGCAUCAUCUGAUUCUUCUCAUUCCGAGACAAGCAGUGGAAACAGAUAUUCACCCAAGCCAAGUAGUGGAGAUGGAGCUUCACCCCUAUCAGACAUUGACAGUGCUUCUGUUCCAACAUAUCUAGCUGGUAAUCUUCAAAAUGCAUCAUCUGCAAUAGGAAUUGAAGUUGGGAGGAGAAGUGAUGAGAAGAUGUCAAAGUGGGAAAGGUUGCAAGCGUUAGAUAAAUGGAUCUGGACUUCUUUCUACUCUUCCCUUACUGCUGUUAAGUGUGGCAAGAGAUCAUUUAAGGAAUCACUUGUUCAUUGUGAUAGUUGUCAUGAUCUGUAUUGGAGAGAUGAAAAACAUUGCAGAAUAUGCCACUCUACUUUUGAGGUUGGUUUUGAUCUUGAAGAAAGAUAUGCUAUACAUGUGGCAACAUGCAGGGAGCCUGAGGAUUUGUACGAUGUGCCAAAUCAUAAAGUUCUUCCUUCGCAGCUACAGGCACUUAAAGCAGCCAUUCAUGCUAUUGAGGCACUUAUGCCUACGGCAGCUUUUGCUGGUUUGUGGAUGAAGUCUUCGCACAACCUGUGGGUUAAGCGGCUGCGACGAACAUCAUCAUUACCCGAGCUUUUGCAGGUUCUUGUUGAUUUUGUUGGGGCAAUUGAUGAGGAUUGGUUGUACCAAAGCUCAUCAGCAGUAAGCUUUAGUUCAUAUCUGGAUGACAUUACUGUAUACUUCCAAACGAUGCCACAAACUACGUCUGCAGUUGCACUCUGGGUUGUCAAAUUGGAUGCCCUCAUUGCACCUCAUUUGGCACAAGCUGAUUCUGGCAGAGGAUUAGGCAAAGGGUUCAUACAGACAAGAGCGCAGGCAUGCUUGAGAUAGCUAGGAAGGGACUAGAUGGAUUAUUUUGUGUGGUGCCCCAGCUGCCACUAUUUUUUUUUGCAUCAGUUCCAAUCUUUCGAUUGAUGCCGCGCUUUUUCUCGAGGCGAGACGAGCAUGAUGCCCUUUUUUUUGCCUUCAUCUUGAUGCCUUCAGCUUUGAGGUUAUGAUCUUGAACUCUUCAGAAGCCACGGCAUCUCCGUCGGAUGGUCGUCGACGGUGUGUGUACAAUAAUGCAAACACUAAGAAAUUCUUUGUUAAUAAUCAUUGCUCCGGCUUUGUAGUUUCCUUUUUGUACUUGAAGUGGUCAGCGAGGCACCUGACUGGAUAACAUAAUAGAUCUUUUUGCCGGGUUUGCUAGGUCGGGUAGGUAGGUAGGUCUUCUGGUUGCAGGAGGACAUGGCGCCCCACUGUGCUACUCUGUGCAUUCCCGUUGUGCUUCAGGACAUUGUAGAGCUUGUCUGCUAUUGGUAUUUCCUGCGUUGCAUAAUUUUGAUCUUUAUAUCCAAGGGUUUGCCGUCAGGGCACUUCAUAA